CCAAAGGCACGAGCAAAUAAAACACGGAACAAGGUGAGAGCAAAAGUCCGUGUGUUGCUUCUUGCUUGAUUUUCACUGCGUUUGAAGUUGGAAAGGUGGUCUCUUCUGGUCUGCUGCUCUCACUACCAUUCUCCGUCCACCAAGUACUGCUCGGUUUGUGUGAAAAUUCGAUGAGGAGCGAGAGAGAGAGAGACGAAGGGAGGGAGAAUUUGAUCUAUUUUCCGCCGUUCGGGUUACUAGGGUUUCAAUUUCUGUCUGAUCGUUUAGCCAAGGUUUUAAAUAUCACAUAAAAUGGAUGGAAGUGGGGUUGAUAGCACUUCAAUGGCGACGCCUGUGCAACAGCGUGCACAUGAAGCAUGGAGGCUUUACCAGUAUUAUCUGGACAAGACCACGCCUCAUGCUGUUUAUAGGUGGAUUGGAACUGUCGUCAUUGCUCUUAUCUACUUUACAAGGGUUUACUACCUUCAGGGAUUCUACAUCAUCACCUAUGGUCUCGGGAUCUACAUACUGAAUCUGCUCAUUGGGUUCUUAUCGCCUCUUGUUGAUCCCGAGCUAGAGGCCUCGGAUGGACCUAUGCUGCCUACUAGAGGUUCAGAUGAGUUCAAACCAUUUGUCCGCCGACUCCCAGAGUUUAAAUUCUGGUACACCAUGACAAAGGCUUUCUGCAUAGCUUUUCUAAUGACGUUCUUCUCGGUUUUCGAUGUUCCCGUCUUCUGGCCCAUUCUGCUGUGUUAUUGGAUUGUUCUCUUCGUCCUUACAAUGAGACGCCAGAUCUCGCACAUGAUCAAGUACAAGUACAUUCCUUUCAGCAUCGGAAAACAGAAAUACGGCGGCGGCGGCCGGAGAUCUUCCCCGAGCACCAGCGGCUCUCGUGCCGAUUGAUCAGACCAUUGCCACCACCAUCUUCAUCACCCCUUUUGUUUGGUUUUAGAAGGAUUUAUAUUUUAAAGCGAUGGACCAAUUCAAGAAAAAAAAAAAGAAGCGUGAUAUAAU